AUGACAGAAAUUCCUCUACUGACUGUUCCCUCUUCAAACCAGAGUGAAAACAAGAGCAGCCCAGCUAUCUGCCCUGACUUGAAUGACUGGUGGGAUGUUGUGUACUAUAUAAUACCCAAUUAUAUCGACACCAUCUGUGUUAUUGGUAUGCUUGGAAAUGUAUUUGUACUCUUCACUUAUUUACUGCACAAGGGUCCCCUGAAAAUAGCUGAAGUCUACCUUAUGAACUUAGCCAUUGCUGAUCUCAUCUUCCUCACUUGCCUCCCUUUCUGGGCAAAGAACAUCAGGAAUGGCUUUAACUGGCCAUUUAGCAAUUUCCUUUGUCGCAGCACCAGUGCAUCCAUUGGCCUGAACAUGUACACCAGCAUCUACUUGCUGGUGGCAAUCAGUGUGGAUCGCUAUUUGACUUUUGUUCAUACCUUGAACCACCGGAUGAUACGGAGCAAAACUAUGGCCAAAGGGAUCUGCUUGCUCACCUGGUUCUUCGGCAUCCUUCUCAGUGUCCCAGCUUUUGUGUUUCGGACUGUGAAAUAUUUUCCUGAGUGGAAUAUUUUAGCAUGCUCUUUAGACUUCCCCAGCCCAUUGUGGGCAACUGCUGAAAGACUCCUGUUCAACAUUGUGGGGUUUGAUUUGCCAACUACAGCAAUCAUCUUCCUUAAUUUCACUACCAUUUGCUCCCUACAAAAAAAAGCAAGAGAACAAAAAGCACUCAGAACAAGAAGUUCUAAGGAGCACAAAGGCACAAAGGCUACCAGGUUGAUCUUCACAGUAGUCCUGAUGUUUCUUUUGUGCUGGACUCCUUACCAUUUUUUUGUAUUCCUUGAUAUAUUAUACCGGACAGAAGUGAUCAAAGGCUGUUUCUGGGGAGAGCUACUCAACUUUGGUGAGCAGUUUGGUUAUACUCUGGCUAUUACCAACAGUUGCAUUAACCCUGUGAUUUAUGUCUUUGUUGGGAAAUACUUUAGGCAAAAGGCUCUGGAAGUUUUUUCACAGUUUAUUCCCUGUGGAUUUCACUUGAGAUGGGUAUCGUUCAAAGAAAAGUCUUCAUAUUUCAACAUGUUUACAGUCAGGAGUAGUUCAACCUAA